AGUCACAGUCGCGGUCACACUGGUCAUAGGCAAUAAGAAAAAAAAAGUCCACGGCACGGUCGUCCAAUUAAGUUAAUUUUUCUAAGUAAACAUACAAGUGCAGAUACGCCGUGUGCAUCCAAGCAAACGAACAACUGCCCACGCCGCAGUUGACAUCCACAAAUCAAAGCCGCGAUCCGUAGUUGCGCCAGCAUUGCGCUCCACGUGUGAAAAUAGUCAGGAAAAGCGAGCACUCGCAACCGCACACACACACACACGCGCGCGCACACAUACGUCAAGUACACGUACACAAAUGCGCGCGAGGGAAAAGCGCUAGGUCAGAGGAAAGUGAAAAGUGAAAAGCGUGAAGAGAGCGCGUCAGGCGUUAGGCGUCAGGAAUCGGACGACGUAACCAGCUGGGUGAAAAUGGCGCUACUCGCCUACCGCGACAAGCACAUCCUGAGUGCCCAGCAGCUGAGGAAGCUCAGCGAGCACAAGUACUCCUGCUUCAGCGCCAGCCUGCUCGAUCCGCUGCUGCAGCCGUGGUGGAACUGGCUGGUCGCCCAGACGCCCCUUUGGCUGGCCCCCAAUCUCAUCACCAUCGUGGGACUGAUCCUCAAUGUGGUCACCACCCUGAUACUAAUCUGUUAUAGCCCAAACGGCGUUGAGGCACCGCCACGUUGGACCUGCUUGCUCUGCGCGCUGGGUCUGUUCAUCUACCAGAGUCUGGACUCCAUCGACGGGAAGCAGGCGCGUCGCACGAAUACCUCAUCGCCGCUGGGCGAGCUCUUCGACCAUGGCUGUGACUCCAUAUCCACGGUGUUCGUGGCCCUGUCGGCAUGCAUCUCCUGCCAACUGGGCCACUAUCCCAACUGGCUGUUCUUCCAGUGCUUCUGUGCCAUAGCGCUCUUCUACUGCGCCCACUGGCAGACGUAUGUGUCCGGAACGAUGCGCUUCGGCAGAAUUGAUGUGACGGAGGCCCAGUUCUCGAUCAUAGCCAUUCAUCUGGUUUCGGCGGCUCUGGGUCCUGAGAUCUGGCUCACCAAGAUACCAAUCGUGGGCCUUUCAUGGAAUUAUACAAUAUUAGUAUUUAUCACAUUCGGUUAUACCUUGAAUAUAAUCAAUUUCCUAAAAAUGUUUACUCAAGGCGGCAGUGGCAAAAACGGCUCCUCAGUUGCUGGCACCAGUGUCCUCUCGCCCAGCAUACCGCUCACGCUGGUGGUGUUGCCCGCCCUGAUGAUUGCCCAGAAGUCGCCGCAGAACAUCUUCACCGAGCACGCGUCGGUGUACAUCCUGGCCUUCGGCAUGGUGGCCGCCAAGGUCACCAACAAGUUGGUGAUUGCCCACAUGACCAAGGCGGAGAUGGAGUAUCUGGACUGGUCGCUGCUCGGCCCCUCGCUGCUGUUCCUCAACCAGUACUUCAACUGCAUCGUGCCGGAGAUCUGGCUGCUGUGGUUCACGCUCAUCUGGGGCACCCAGGAUCUGCUGCGCUACUGCGCCCAGGUGUGCCUGGAGAUCUGCCAGCACCUGCGCAUCGAUCUCUUCCGGAUACCGUACACGCCCAAGGGCGCGGCCACACAUCCGGCCACCGCCUCGGUGAGCAGCCAGAGCAACUUCGGCAGCUCUGGCAGCAGUGCGGACAAGAACGGCGGCAGCGCGCAUCGAAAGUCGAAGAGCAAACCGCACUAGGUUGCGGUUUUCCGCUACAUACAUUAAUUAGUAAUUUUACAAAUUUACGUCGUUAGAGCCGAGGGAUACUCGUAGGAGCAGGCGGAGCGCAAGUAAUACAAAACCCGUAAACACAACCCAACAAAAUUCACCGUCAAUGUUUUGCCUAAGAAGCAAAACCACUGAGGAACAACCAAACGAAAUGAAACUAAACAAUAAAACAGAUAGAGAAGUUAGCGAAAGGGCGAAGCAAGUUGUUGCUCCUACAUUUUAGUAUAUAGUUUACAACACGUUGUUGUAGCAAAGAAGGCAAAGUGGCUAGUGCUGCUGGGAGAAAGAACUGUUGCAGUCUCCGAUAUCAAUUAUAUGGCUAAAUAUAUAAAAAUAAAUACCUAUAUUUUGUAUGAUUGUGUAAGUUGUAAUAAAUCUAGACCGCAGUACUUUUACUGCGCUAAUUCA